AGGUUCUCUGUUACAAGAAGUGGUGGGCCAGGCUGAUAACUGUUUUAUAUUUACGAUCGAUCUCCUGUGUUCUCCAUAGGUUCAAACCACGGCGCAGUUGUCGAAUUAGUUGUUUUAGGCCACGGGUCCACUGUAAAACAGGCACCAGUUAUAUACCGAGAUAGAUUCCCUCCAAAUUAAAGAUGGUUAUCUCUAUUGGAUUUGAAGGCAGUGCCAACAAACUUGGAAUUGGUAUUAUGAAGAAUGACAAAGUUUUAAGCAACCCUCGCCACACCUACGUCACACCUCCUGGUCAAGGUUUUUUGCCACGAGACACUGCCAAGCAUCACCAGGAAUACAUCCUGAAGGUUCUUAACCAAGCGAUAGAAGAAGCACAGAUCCAACCAAAAGACAUUGAUGUCGUUUGUUAUACAAAAGGUCCCGGAAUGGGUGGACCUUUGGUGUCCACAGCAAUUGUGGCACGCACAGUGGCACAGCUUUGGAAGAAACCUGUUGUGGCAGUUAAUCAUUGUAUUGCUCAUAUUGAAAUGGGUCGCCUGGUAACCGGGGCACAGAAUCCCACCGUCCUCUAUGUUAGUGGAGGAAACACACAGGUCAUCUCUUAUUCCCAGCAGAAAUAUCGUAUCUUUGGGGAAACCAUUGACAUUGCAGUCGGAAACUGCCUGGACAGAUUUGCCAGGGUUUUAAAGUUAUCCAAUGACCCUAGUCCUGGCUACAACAUUGAACAAAUGGCCAAAAAAGGGAAGAAACUGGCCGAACUCCCUUACACGGUGAAGGGCAUGGAUGUGUCAUUCUCUGGUUUACUGUCAUACAUUGAGGAGAAAGCCCCUCAAUGGUUAAAGAAUGGUGACUUCACACCGGAAGAUCUCUGUUUCUCUCUUCAGGAGACGGUCUUUGCUAUGUUGGUGGAGAUUACUGAACGUGCCAUGGCCCAUUGCAACUCCAACGAAGUCCUUAUUGUUGGUGGUGUUGGCUGCAAUGAACAUUUACAAAAGAUGAUGGGUCAAAUGGCUGAAGAGAGAGGGGCCAAAUUAUUUGCAACAGACGAGCGGUUCUGUAUUGACAAUGGUGCCAUGAUAGCUUAUGCUGGUUUACUGAUGUACAAGAAUGGUUACACCACCCCACUAAAAGACACAGGUUGCACCCAGAGAUAUCGAACGGAUGAAGUUCAUGUCACUUGGAGGAAUUAACAAUUAAUGAGGCAUAAUUAACAAGUUUUAUUAUUUUUAUUGUUUUCUAAUUAAAUAAAUAAAAA